GUCAGUAGCCGAAGUUAGAGUUUGAGUGGUAAAAUAUUUUGUUUGAGGUAAAGGACAUGAAGCUGAAGUAGAUAGAUGGCUAGGCUUACUUGGCUGGAAAGUCGAUGUGAGCUCUUCUUGGACCUGCGGUACUUUAAAGCUAUCUUCUUCCUAAGUUCAUUUCGUUAAUUGUGAAAUUUUCUCUGUCGCUGUCAUAUUGACGUUUCUUUGGCGAUCCACUCUUCUUCAGCGACUGUAAUAAGAAAACAGGGCAGCCCGAGCCCUUGGUAAAAAGGUUAAAGAUAGAAAUAUUCUACAUUUGAAGGAUGUAUUUGUUAGAUUAUUAUGACUAUUGAGGAUAUCUACUUGAUUCAAGUCAUAUAUGUGGAGCGCUAUGAAACAUUCAGAAGCAGAAUUGAGGGCGCUUCAGUCCACCACCAACCCAUGGUGAUCAGAGACAGAUAGAAUAUAGAUUACCUGGAUUUUUAGCUGCAUAUAAAUAUAUCGACGAUAGUUAUGGUCAAAAUUACUUUGCGAAUACAGGCCACACUUGAAGGAAUUCAACAGUUAGAGACCAAUCACCCAAAUUAUAAUUUUUUACUCAAACUGAAAUGUACCAGUUGCGGAGAAAUUACAGAAAAAUGGCAAGAUAUUUGCGAGUCGCUCAAAUAUCCAGGAAAGACAGGGAGAUCGGAGAACAACUACAUAGCAAAAUGCAAACUUUGUGGGAGGGAAAAUAGUAUCGAUAUUAUCCCUGACAGUAAUGCUCCAUAUACUAACGAUGAUCAAGGAAAGUUUAAACCUAUUGUUUCAUUCGACUGCCGUGGACUUGAACCAGUAGAGUUCACACCUGGUGAAGGUUGGACUAUAGUUGCAGAAAGUGGACAGAUUUUUGAAAAUGUUGAUUUAACAGAAAAGGAGUGGGUUGAGUAUGAUACAAAAAGCCAACAAUCUGUUGGUGUAUUUGAUUUUGAAUCAGGCUUUAUGAUUGUUAAAUAAAAUAGAAAACCUAA